AUGUCCUCCUCGGCCUCGAGUGACUCUGAGGAUGACCAGAUCCAGCUCACCGAAGAGCGAGAGGAGGAAGGCACCUCACAGUUUGGAGCAGACGAUCAAGAUGAGCUCGAAGAGGAUGACGAGCUCGAGGGACAGUCUGCCAGCUCGGAGACACAGCCUGAUCCCCAGUCGAUCGAGUACGAGCAGGACGAGAGGACACAGUCUGAGCGAGGCGCCGAACGGUCGCUGGAGCCCACCACGCAGAUCUACGCCCAGUCUGUCCAAGAGCGGAUGGAGCGUCUGGCCAGCAGGAGGAGGCCCAUCCUCUCCGAGAUCAUGAUGGAUUCUCUCGUCACGCUCCCCCACGGCACAGAAGUGCAGUGUAUCGCCUUGCCGUCAGGCGCGAACCAUUUCUUCACAGGCGGCCAAGAUGGCUUCAUACGACGGUACGCCCUCAGAGAUACCACCGCCGGCCUCACAGAGCUCGACAAUCUCAUCACGCGGACAUCGGGAAAGAAUGUGCACGGCAAGGCAGUCCAUGGCAUCCCGUCAGGUCACUAUGCUGCUCCCCAGGGCGUUCUCGUUGGCUACUGGGAGAACUUGGACCUGGCUCCUCAGACCAUGCAAUAUGGUCCCAGAGGACUCACCCAUACCGGUCCAGAGCCUUCACCCGUGUACAGUCUCGCCAUACACAGUCAGGAACUCUGGGGAUUGUCUGGCACAAUCUCGGGCGCGAUCCAUCUCUGGUCUGUCCGUUUGGACGAGGGGCAGAUACGCCACGUAUUCCAACCUGGCAGUGUCGGAGAAGGGCGGUUGGGCCACCGGUCUACGCCUGUAUCUGCGCUUGCUUUGGCUGGCGAGGAGACGAGCGUCAUCAGCGGCGGCUGGGACGCCAACUUGCUCGAAUGGGAUCUGCAUACGGGCCAAGCCAUCAGAUCGUAUGAAGGCAUGACGGGACAGAUAUCAUCACUGAGCUUUCGACCACUCAUAGAUGGCAGCAUCCCCGAGACGAAUGGUCAUCACGAUCCAACCGACCGAAUGAACGGUGACGGCGACGUGACGGUCACGCAAUCACCUGCAGAGUCGGUCGACUCGCUCUUCGAUGACGGCGAUGGCGAGCCAGAUCCAUCCAUACUGUCCGAAAGCGUGCGUCUGGAGCCUGUGACGAAAUCUGGCCGUUCUGUCCCGAACGCAUUCGAGCCUGGACUACCUGCCUUGAGCGAUCAAGUCUUUCUGGCUUCCGGCAUAGACGGCCAAGUUCUCCUCUGGGACCGCAGACAAGACUCGAAUGCGCGUGCAGCACGAAAAUUCGAGCUCGGAAGCAAAACGCCGCCUUGGUCUGCUCAAGCGAGCUGGACAGCAGAUGGACAGACUGUCAUCGUCGGACGACGCAAUGAGACGGUCGACCUUUACGACCUUCGGGCGAGACAAGUCAGGACACUCAGGCUACCCGCCGGUUCGGGCGCGAUCAGCUCUGUGCGCUCUCUGGCCAAUUCGAGACAGAUCAUCUGCGCUUCCCAAGACAACAUCCGACAAUGGUUCCUCGAUAGGGAUGACGGCGAGCCCAGCUCCAGACCAGCGAGUAAGAUGCCGUUCAGGAUCAUAUCCGGCCACCAUGGCGCGACGAUCUCUGAUAUCGUGCUCGAUGAUACUGGACGCUAUAUGUUUACUGCCUCUGGCAACAGGGAUCUCGUCGGAAGCGGGGGCACUAGUGAUUCUGUCACUAUCUAUGAAUUGAGACCGCGCUGA